CUCCUGCUCCUCCUGCGGCCUUCUGUCCAGAUCAGACAUGUUCAUAGUUUUUGUUUACUCGCUCAUUUUCUCGCAGGAUUUUCAUCGCUACUCUGUUGCAGCUCGUGCACGAGAUCCCGGGAGGCCAGCCUGGUUCAUAGGGUGCAUCACCGCCAGCAGCACGAGCCUGUUUGCACCCAGAGGUGGCCGUGACCUUAACCCGGUAACCUGCUCUGUGAACUGCCUGGAUGAAGGGUACCAGGUUGCAGCGUUGACCUCAGAGGCUUGUUGCUGUGGCAACGAGCAACAAGGACUGUUGUCUGGCGAGUGUUUCAACACCUCUGCAGAAGCACGGAGAAGGGAUGUCACAGGAGGAAGUCAAAGAGUCCUCUCUCUUCCUGUUGGAGGUGGACGGGGACAGGUUGCUCUCUACAGAACUGAGGGGCCGUUCCUGCACAGCGUCCGUCUCUCUACGCCUGCAGACAGAGUGCAUGCUGGGAAGAGUUUUGUUGUGGAAGUGGCUGGAAACCUGGCCGGACCCCCCACCCAGCCCACAGGGAUUCUGGGUCUGCGAGGGGAGGACCUCUCUUAUGUCACCGUUGAGUUUCAAGAAGCGCCCCCCGAAGGUCAAAGAUCACAGCAGGUCAGCGUGUUGGAUGACGGCUCCUUUGCUUUGUCAUCUGAUUGGAUUUUGGAGAAUCCAGGCAAAUAUGAAAUCAAUGUCAGUGUGUCCAACCCCCUCUCCACCCUCUCCUCCACCCUCCUGCUCUCCGUCCUGCAGCCCUCUGCAUACGAUGCGGAGGUGCUUCAUGGGCCCCCGGGGGUCCCCUCCAGUCCCCCCGUCCCACAGGCAGCCUCCAGCAGGGAGAGUGUGGAGGCGGCAUACCUGCAGAUUCAUGCAGCAAAGAAAGCUUUUCCCACAAACACAGACGUGACCCUCCUGGCUGUGUCUGAAGUAGCGGACCCUGCACAGCUGCUCUGGCAUUUUGGAGACUCGACUUCAGAGAGGACCACCUCGAGGAGCAUCACCAAAAGAUACCACACACCUGGCAGGUAUGCUGUGUUUGUGAUCCUGUCGAGUGGCCGGACCUCCGUCACCUCCGCUGUGUUCCCGCUGGAGGUGCAGAGAGCGGUGAGGCUCAACAGGCUGAUCCACCCGGCCUCUGUCCUGCAGAACCAGACGGUGAGGCUGAGCUGCCGGGUCACUGCGGGGACCGACGUCUCCUUCCUUUGGAGCUUUGGAGACGGAUCAUCCCAGCGGGGGCAGAGCACCGAGCAGCACGUCUUCCACAGGACAGGAGAGUUCAGGGUGGAAGUGACCGUGUCUAAUCUGGUCAGCUCUGCCUCUCUCAGUGCUCACGUCUUUGUGGUGGACCGGCCGUGUCAGCCUCCUCCAGUGAAAAACAUUGGGCCUCUAAAACUACAGGUGCGGAGACAUGAGGUCGUCUGCCUUGGAGUGACCUUUGAGACAGAGGUAGACUGUGACAUUUCAAAAGGCCUUCACUACACCUGGACCUUGUUGGACUCUGCAGGACGGGUCUUUCCUCUGCCUCUCGUAGACACACACACACAGAAACUCAGACUGCCCAGCCUCCUGCUGCACUACGACACAUACACUGCUAUAGCCAGGGUUCAGGUGGUCGGCAGUGUGGUGUACAGCAACUACAGCGUGAGGGUGCAGGUGAUACCGAGCCCUCCAGUGGCCUUCAUCCAGGGCGGCACCAACGUGUUCAUCAACAACAGGAACACCACCGUGGUGACGCUGGACGGGACGAAAUCUCACGACCCAGACUCCCCCAUGAAACCAGUCAGCUUCAGUUGGACAUGUAAACCAGUCAGCUCCAUCCCCAGCUCCUGUUUCCUCCACGACGUUCCCACUUCCUCCCCUGUGCUCGUAUUUCCUGCUGGUUUCCUAAAACACAGCUUUGACCAGUUCCAGUUCAUGCUCACCGUCCACAGCGGCAAGCGCUCAGCUUCAGCAGAGACCUUCCUCACGUUCACAUCAAACGUCAUCGGCACAGUGUCCGUUUCCUGCCCUCAGUGCCGGGUGGAGCAGCUGAACUGGAAUCAUCCUCUCUCUGUCAACGCCGUGUGUGAAGGCUGUGAGACUUCCCUGGGAAACAUCCAGUACACCUGGAGCCUGUUCUUAGUCAAUGCAUCUUCCAAACCUGCCACAGAACUCCCGUUUUGUUUCACCGUGGAUCUCAGUGCUCCGUCAAACAUCAUGGGUCCUUCUUCUUCUCCUUGGACCUCCACCCGGCCCACACACACUGUCAACACCUCCACCACUGUCUCUCUGAGUGAGACUGGCUCUAAAUAUAAAGACAAAACCUUACAUUUAAACGUGACAUCCAGGGGAGAAGAGUUGUCUGACAGUAACAGAAAGAAGUCAGGUUUCACAGAGCCCUCGCUCAUCUCCUCUAUGGACAUGACAACAGCAGGAUCAGGAGAGGAGCCUUUUUAUCACUCUCAGGGGGAGUUUGACCCUCUAAAGCCUUUGUACUCCUCCACUGAAUACCCGCCUCUUGACAACAGUGGCGUCCUUUAUACGGACCACUUUAUCCACAGCGACAUUAUCACUGAACUCCCAGUAGAUCCGGACUCUUCCGCUGACUGGGGGUUUCCUUUUCCUCUACUGGAGAGUGGUGCCUUGGGAGAUCGACCAGAUCCAGAUUAUGAUGUUCCUGCGAUGGACGCAGAGGAAGGAGACCCGGGGAUUUCAGCAGGAAGACCCUCAGGUGUGGACGGAGAGAGCUUCAGUCCAGGAGGGGAUUCAGUGUUCGAUCUAGCGUCACAUGAAGAGGAGGGGAGUAAUCUGUUAGACUCCAGUCCGUCUGUUGGGAAACGGGAGCCAAUCCUGCUCGAUUUACCUCGACAUCCCGUAGACCUUUUUGAGUCCUACACCUUCACAGGAGUUUCCAGCCCUUUGCUCAGUGUGCGACCCUUCAGCCUGAACCCUGGGAGCAGGUACAUGUUGGAGGUCACUGCCAAAUCUCGUAGUAGUUUACUGGGCCGGACUCAGCUGUUCUUAAAAACCAACCCUGCUCCAGAAGGCGUGACGUGCCAGGUGCAGCCAGUCAGAGGAGUGGAGAUAUACACACACUUCAGCAUCUUCUGCACCUCAGGGAAACAGGACUUAUUGUAUGAGUACAGCAUCAGUGUUGGAGGUAGUCCUCGGAGGACGCUCUAUGAGGGGAGAGACUUCCAGUACUACUUCAGCCUUCCCUCUGGUGACCCCGCUGAUCAGUACAAAGUUACUAUUUUCACAGAGAUCAGAAGCAGCUCGUACGGGACGGCCACUAAACCCUGUCCUGUCACCGUGCAAGUCCAACCUGGCUUCUUCAGAGAUGCCUCCUCUUCGUCCUCCUCUCACCCUGAUCCUGAUCUGGAGCUUUCAGAGUCGGGUCUGAGGAACCUGUCGGCUCUGGUGCAUCUUGGGAACAGUUUGGAGGUCCGUAACUACGCCAGCCUCCUGUCAGGCGUCCUGAACCGACUCAGCCUGCACACCGAGGCAAACACACACACACAGAGACACACACGCAACACGCUCAUCAACACAGUGUGUGACCUCGAGAGCAAUGGACAGGCAUCAAUGGAGGACAACAUCUGCAUUCUCAAAAACCUUUUAGAAGUCUCACGUCAGGUGACAUUAGCGAGUGCUAGACGAGUGACGGCUCACGUUCAGGACUUCUCGGAGCAGUUUUCAGAGUCUGGUGCUGCAGCCUCGUACCAUCUGGAGCAGAGCACCCUCCACAGCCUGCUGUCUCUGCUCUCAUUCAGCCUGCAAGCUGCCAUCACUGGGGAUCAUUUCACACCAGAAACUACCACUAGUGCUGACACUACACAGACAUUAGAUCCACACCCACAUGAUGGAGCACAGGAUGCAUCCAGAGGUGGAGGGAGGUCCAUUUCAACAAAGCAGGUGGAGCAUCUGGUGGUUGAUAUGCUGCAGACUGCUUCAGACCUGAUACUGAAGUUCAUCUUGAUGCACAAAAUCCAGGAGCACUGGGUCAGCACCGGUCUUAUAGCCUUAUACUCAUCGUACCAAAACCAAACCUCCACAGUGAUCAGCAGUGGGUCCUCCUCCUUCUACCUGCCCCCCUCCCUGAUCCAGGUUCUGCUUGUUCACGGCAGCAGACCACGGUGUGUCCUCAGCACUCUAACAGAGCUCCGCCACAGCCCUUACACCUGGGCCCGCUAUCACAGGAGGCUGAGCGGACCCGUGGUCGACCUGAGUCUGUACCAGUGCAGCACGAAGAGAAAGAUCCCAGUUCGCUCCCUCAUCGAGCCAAUAAUCAUCGAGCUGAAACAACCAUCGAAAAACGAGAGCUCUGAGCGUGAGUACGUCCUCCUGCGCAGCCGGAUCAACCACCACAGCUUCAACAUUACCCAGGAGCACUUGCAGCAGGCCAUCCAGCUGAGUGUGGUGUUCACGCCGCCGCCCAACAAGCCGUUUCCCAUCAUGCUUCUCUUCAGGAUGUUUGAGAGGCCGACUCCCAGCAUGCACCAUCUGCACAGGAUUCACUCCUGGGAGAGCAACGUCACGCGCUUCUCUCUGCCCUCAUCUUACCUCAGCGCUGCAGGUGUUGCUCACGUGGCCCUGCUGGAUGCUGGUUUUGAGAAAAGGCCUGGUUCCCCAUCCCUGAGCGAGCAGGUGAGCUAUAGCCUGUCGGUGGACAGCAGCCUGUGUUUGUCCUGGGACGGCCAGCAGGGGGCGUGGACACCCCACGGCUGCAGGACUCAGCAAACAGACGCCACUACUGAUGUCAACUGCAGUUGUCACCAGCUGAAGCCGCUGACUGUGGAGCGGCAGCAGAUCCACAGCAGCCAUGACACAACAAACCUGGACCCCUUCCUCAGUGUGUGCAGAGAUCUGACGGUGCUGACGGUGCUGCUGCUGUGUGUGAGCCUCUUCGUGCCGGUGUGGGUGCUGUGUAUCAGAGCUGAUGUCGCCUCAGAGACUAACCGGAGAGUCCACUACCUUUCCGACAACUCCCCGUGUGACCCACACCUCUACGCUGUUACCGUGCACACCGGUCUCUGCUCUGCAGCACGUAUGAGUGCAAAGGUUUACAUGGUGCUCAAAGGGGAAGAUGGUUUCUCACAGACAAGAGAACUACUUGUCCCAGGAUGCACUCUGUUCAGGAGGAACUCUCAAGACACCUUUAUCAUCAGUACAGCAGACAGCCUGGGCCCUGUGUGGGGGGUGCACAUCUGGCACGACAACUCUGGACCCUCCCCGAUCUGGUACAUCAAACACCUGGAGGUGUCCGAGGUGAGAGGAGGGCAUAUGAAGGGACGUGCUUGGCUCUUUGUGGCUCAGUGCUGGUUGGCUGUGAACCAAAGUGACGGGCGGGUGGAGAGGAUUCUGGGAAAUUGCGCUCAUGGAUUAGGCUUUUUUAAGAUGUUAAGUCUCAAGCUAUCAGACUAUUUGGCCGAUUUCCACAUCUGGAUGUCUUUGUACAGCUGCCCAUGCCCCAACUCGUUCACACACACUCAGAGACUGUGUGUGAGCCUGCUGCUUCUUUUGGGAUAUGCAUGUGUCAGCACGGUGAUCAUAUCACACAUGGACGACCCGUUGCUCUUCCAGCUUGGCUUUGUAGGUGCAACAGCUGUUUCUGUGCGGACAGGAGUACUGAGUGUGUGUGCAGUGUUGCCAGCAGCAGCAGGUAUAUCAUUACUGUUCAGACAGGAAGAGGUCAAGCUGACGGGUUCAGGAGUUCAACACGUGAAGAGCAGAGUGAAGGAAAAGGACUUUUUGGAAGAUGAUUCUUCAGUGACUGGCAGUACAUCUGAGUCCCAUCUCUCCUGGAACGGUCUGCAGCAGUGGGCGCAGGAAGCCUGGAGGAACAAACACCAGGGCACAGAUCUGCCAUCGGUUUCCCCUACGAUUCUGGUAAAUAAAAACUCAGACAAAGAACCUGAAGUCACAACAGGCCGCAGUUUGUUGCUCUUUAACGAGGGGGGCGAUGUUAAUCAAACUCCUCCGGGAAAAGAGUUUGAUCUGUCCUGUACGAGGUAUGGAGGACAGGAAGCGAAAAGUCUUCAUGGGUGUUCAUCGGACAGCAGUUUCGAGGAGGACGUCCGUCUGAAGGGAAGAGGAUUCAGAGCUCAAUGGGGUCUCUGUCUGGCCUGGGCUUUGUGUCUGCUGAUGUCCCUCUGCUGCCUGGUGCUCUCUGCAGUGCUGGGGAUGAGGUUCAGCAGCUGCCAGGUUCUUCUGUGGAUGCACUCGCUUUUCUUCUCCCUGGUGUUCUGCAUCUUCGUCAUCCAGCCAGCCGUGAUAGCUACGGUGGCCGUGGCUGUCUCCUUCGGGUUCAGGAACAGAACAGACUUUCAUACUUUCUCCAGUAUAAGAGAGUUUGAGAAAGAGACUCUAAAGCUGCAGAGCCACAGCACUGCCUCUCCUCAGGACUCACGCCUUGAAAAGCUGCUCGGAGCUCGUCAGCGGGUCCGCUUUCUCCGUCUCGUGCGCCCGCCGACUCCAGCAGAGCUGAGGAAAACCAGAGGGAAGAAGCAAAGAGAGACACUGAUCCAGAACACUCUCAGGGAUUUGUCCCUCUGUGGCUCCAUGCUUCUCCUGAUGCUGUGCAUAAGUUAUGGUGGCUCUUUCACCGACCAUUACCAACUCAAUGAAGCUGUCAGGAAACAGUUCAUUAGGGGCCUUGAUAAUGCAUUCAUGUCCAUUCAAAAGCAAGAGGACUGGUGGACGUGGGCCCAGAAGAAUCUCCUUCAUUCACUCUACAAGAUUUCAUCACCCACUGAGCCACACAUCUUGAUUGGAGAGCCAAUCCUGUGGAGGGAGGAGUCCAGUGCUUUUCAAUAUAAGGUCUCCAAUGUGACGCUCGUACCAGAGAGUCUUCUCUCAUUCUGGUCUGGGAUCAGAACAACCAAAGACUCGAUGCCUCCAAGGACCUUUGGUCAGCUGGGACCGAGUGCUUCAGUCGGAUUAGGCCACACAAAGACUGCCGCUGCGUCCAAACUGAAGCUCCUGCAGACAGACGGCUGGCUGGACGGACAUACGGUGUCUGUCCACUUCACUUUGUUCAGCCCUGCCUUAAACUUAUUCACCAGUGUGACCCUGCUGGCCGAGCAGAGCCCCCCCGCUGCCCUGCUGGCCGAGCAGAGCCCCCCUACUGCCCUGCUGCCCUCUGCCAGAGUGCAGUCAGUGAGGGUGUUUCACUCUCCUGCUGUGGGGGACUAUGUUGUCAUGGUGUGCCAGCUCCUCUUCCUCGUCCUGUCUCUGCUGCAACUCUGUCGUCAAGUGUACACCGUGGGGGAGCAAGGGCUGAUGGGAUACUGGAGGUCUCCCUGCAACUGGCUGGAAGUCAGUUUGCUGACAGUGUCUUUAGUGCACUAUAUAUAUUACAUCUAUCGCUCCGUCAUGGUGCUGGAGGUCGUGGAGCUGCUGCAGAGACACCGCUACAGAGCGCAUGUGGAUGUCAGCCUCCUGGCUACAUGGGAACAAUGUAUUCGAUCACUGCGUGGCAUUACGCUCUUCCUCCUCACCAUGAAGUGUGUCACUGUGCUGAGGGUAAACUCCUCCGUUACCCUCCUCUCCCGCUCGCUCUGCAGCCUUCUGUGGCCAACGAUGUCCUUUGUUAUCCUGAUGGUGGCGCUGUCCUGCGCCGGGAACCUCCUCUUCGUGCAAAGCUCCUUGUCCUUCAGCUCUCUUCCCUUCUCUGAGCGGGAUCUCCUUUACCGUGGACUCCUCUAUCUGUCCUCUGUGCUUCGGACAGCAGUGGUGAUAGGUGUGAUGUCCUCAUUAGUCAGAAGAGCCAGAAGAUCUCGAGGCCGGGGGGAAGUUCUCACCAUGGCAGAAUUAGCCCGCUACAUCAGGAGGAGGAUCUCUGAGGUCACUCUGCAGCGUGGACAAGCAUGGACUGAAAAUCAUGUGGAAGGGAAGACGUACUACUUUGAGGAGUUUGAAAGCUUAUUAGAUGAGCUUCUGUUCAGACUCAGCGCCCUCUCCAACAGUCUGCACCAAACUCUGCCCUGCAAAGCUCCUCGCUACAGGGAGGACGGUCCUGCUCUCUCAGCCACACAAGGGAUCCACCUUGAUGCACAGGACAUUGUAAGAACACAAGAAGAAACCCUUCCUGCAUCUCACCUGCUCAGGUCCGAGCUUGAAUCAGAGGACAUCCUGUUUCUGCAGCAGAGAAGCCAAAGGGGAGGUUGUUCCUUCUCUGACAUUGCGCUGGAAUUGGAUAAUUCACAAAAACCAGAAACAAGAGCCGGAGAAAACCCAAGAGGCCAAGAGCUCCAGACACAGAACUACCCGUCCCGCCCAGAGACACUCAUCAGGGUUUGGACAGAAGAUGCUCUGGAGAAGCAAAUUGACUCAUGGACAGAAAUCAAUGAUAAAACUCAGGCCACACAGACAGAGGUGGUGGUGGAAGUGCUGGUCCAUGAGGAGCCUGGCAGUGUAGAGCCAGAUCAAUAAAUUAUGGAAAUGACAGGUUAUUACAAUAAACAAAGAUCUGUAAGGUCUGUAUUUUCGGUUCUCUUAAGAUUAAUAAAGAAAUCCUUCACCUUAAUAUUCUUGCAACCUGUCAAUGCAUGCAUGUGUUUUAGUUCAUGCAUCAUAUUGCUGUUUUUAAAACCAUAUUACGAUUUAUUUCUUGUCUUGGUAUUAUUACCUCUGUAAAGUGACUUUGAGCAUCUGUAAAAGCGCUUACUAAAUACAUGUAUUAUUAUUAUUAUUAUUAUUAAUUGUAAACUUCAAGUAGAUACAA